AUGAGACUUGGUGUUGGUGUUGGUGUUGUCAAAUGCCUGCAUCAUCGUUCAAAGAUGACCAACAUCUGCCCCAUGAACAACCAAACUAGGAGUAUAACAACAAUGUCUGUAUCAGAUAUAAAUGAAAACCUCUUCAGAAGACGUACAACUACACCAGAUAAUAGAUAUUAUAGUAAUAAUAACAACAACUACAAGAAGAAGAUGACGACUAACAACAACAAGGCAUCAGUUACAAUCUUCCCAGACUUGGAGACAGCAACUGCUCAGAUAUUGAUUGUCGAUGAGUCAACUAAGCAGUGCGCAAUCCUUGAUUCGGUGCUCAACUAUACUGUCGCAUCAGGCCGCACAAGCACUACGUCAAUCGACAAGUUGUUGGCAGUCAUCGAGGAGAAGGGCUACAAAGUGCAAUGGGUGCUCGAGUCACACAUCCACGCCGACCAUCUAUCGGCCGCACACUACAUCAAGUCCAAGUACCCCGAUGCACGCAGCGCAAUCGGAGAGGGCGCCAAGAAGGUUCAGCAGACCUUCAAGCACAUCUACAAUCUGGGCCACGACUUCCCCGUCGACGGCAGCCAAUUCGACCAACUGUGGAAGGAUGGCGAGACAUUCCAGAUCGGCAGUCUCAACGUGCGCGUGAUCCACACGCCCGGCCACACGCCCGCCUGCGUCUCCUACUACAUCGUCGACGACUGUCUGUUUGUCGGCGACACCAUGUUCAUGCCCGACGUGGGCACUGCCCGCUGCGACUUCCCCGACGGAAGCGCUGUCACCCUUUACGAGUCGAUGCAGAAGCUUCUCGCACUGCCCGAGUCCACAGACGUCUACGUUUGCCACGACUAUCCACCCGCCGGCCGCGAGAUCGGCUUCAAGACGACCAUUGGCGAGCAGCGCAAAUUGAACAAGCACAUCAAGGAUGGCAUCACCCGUGAGGAGUUUAUCGAGAUGCGUACGACUCGUGACGCAACACUCAAGGCACCCAACCUCCUGUUGCCAUCGAUCCAGGUCAAUGUCCGUGCUGGCGAGCUGCCCAAGGCUGAGGACAAUGGCAUCUCCUACCUCAAGAUCCCCCUGAACUUCCUCAAGCAGUAA